UUUUAUUUUUUCAGCAACAGUUUAUGCAUUCAACUGCUGGUCGAUUUCCUCCAUGGAUGAAUAUGGUAGACCAAUCAAGACUACCUUUUAUGGAUAGCAAAACUUUUUUUAAUAUGACUAAUAAUAUGGGAAAUAUAAAUCCACAACUUUUGGCUGGUACAAGUAUGUCAUACAAUUCUUUUAUUAAUGGCAAUGGCCAAAUAAAUCAUCCAACAUUGCUUAAUGAAGAAAUGACAAAAUUAUGGAUGAAUGGUACAGCACCAUUUAAUGUUUUUACACCUGAUGGUAUGAUGAGAACACAAACUGUUGAAACUGAAGAAGGUGAUGAAGAGGAAGAGGAACUAGGUCAUGCUGAAACUUACGCUGAAUACAAACCUUCCAAGUUGAAAGUUGGAGAAUUCCAUCCAGAUCCAAUUGUUGAAACAAAUUCUUUAUCUAGUGUACAACCACCUGAUGUGUGGUACAAAAUGUCCAUUCCAGAAGAAGCAAUUGAUAGAUGCUUGCUAUCAGCUUUACAAUUAGAAUCUAUUGUGUAUGCCUCUCAACAACAUGAGACACUUUUGCCUAAUGGUACUAGAGCUGGUUUUCUUAUAGGUGAUGGUGCUGGUGUUGGAAAAGGUAGAACCUUGGCUGGAAUUAUUUAUGAAAAUUAUUUACUUGGAAGAAAAAGAGCUUUAUGGUUAAGUGUAUCCAAUGACUUGAAAUAUGAUGCUGAAAGAGACUUAAAAGAUAUAGGUGCAAACAAAAUAGAUGUUCAUGCUUUAAAUAAGGCACUUCCUCCUGAUAGAGCAUCAAUGUCGGAAAGAGUGCUUGAACCAGAAGAAAGUGAAAUACAUGCAACAGGACAAGUUUUGUUAAAAGCAGCAAACAAAAAAAUACUGGAAAAGGCCAUUAACAGCAAGAACAUGAAAGAACAAGAGGAACCAAAAAAGAAGGAAGCUGAAAACAUCCAGAAUAAUCAGAAUGAAAGAAGAUCAUUUUCCAUUACUGAUUAUUUANUAUGUGAUAGAUAUAUUUUUUUGAAAGUUGGAGAAUUCCAUCCAGAUCCAAUUGUUGAAACAAAUUCUUUAUCUAGUGUACAACCACCUGAUGUGUGGUACAAAAUGUCCAUUCCAGAAGAAGCAAUUGAUAGAUGCUUGCUAUCAGCUUUACAAUUAGAAUCUAUUGUGUAUGCCUCUCAACAACAUGAGACACUUUUGCCUAAUGGAACUAGAGCUGGUUUUCUUAUAGGUGAUGGUGCUGGUGUUGGAAAAGGUAGAACCUUGGCUGGAAUUAUUUAUGAAAAUUAUUUACUUGGAAGAAAAAGAGCUUUAUGGUUAAGUGUAUCCAAUGACUUGAAAUAUGAUGCUGAAAGAGACUUAAAAGAUAUAGGUGCAAACAAAAUAGAUGUUCAUGCUUUAAAUAAGUUUAAGUAUGCCAAGAUAUCUUCCAAAGUGAAUGGCAGUGUGAAGAAAGGUGUUAUAUUUGCUACUUACUCAUCUUUAAUUGGAGAGAGUCAGUCUGGAGGAAAGUAUCACACACGACUGAAGCAGUUAUUGCAUUGGUGUGGAGAAGAUUUUGAUGGAGUAAUUGUUUUUGAUGAAUGUCAUAAAGCAAAAAAUCUUUGUCCUGUUGGAUCUAGUAAACCAACAAAAACAGGACUUACAGUAUUAGAAUUACAAAAUAAACUUCCAAAAGCUCGUGUAGUUUAUGCGAGUGCAACAGGUGCCUCUGAACCAAAAAAUAUGGCUUAUAUGACAAGAUUAGGACUUUGGGGAGAAGGAACAACUUUUCGUGAAUUUAAUGAUUUUAUAUCUGCUGUAGAGAAAAGGGGUGUAGGUGCAAUGGAGUUAGUGGCAAUGGAUAUGAAGUUAAGAGGAUUAUACAUGGCUAGACAACUUAGUUUCCAAGGAGUUACUUUCCGAAUUGAAGAAAUUCCAUUAUGUAAAGAUUUUAUUCGAAUGUAUGAUGAUUCAGUAAAAUUGUGGGUUGAAGCAAGAGCAAAGUUCCAAGAAGCUGCUGAAUUAAUGGAUGGUGAUUCAAGGACUAAAAAAACAAUGUGGUGUCAAUUUUGGGCAGCACAUCAGAGAUUUUUUAAAUAUCUUUGUAUAGCUUCUAAAGUGAAACAUGUAGUGUCAAUUGCAAGAGAAGCUGUUAAAGAUGGCAAAUGUGUUGUAAUUGGUCUACAAUCAACAGGGGAAGCUCGAACAUUAGAGCAGUUAGAAGAAGCAGGAGGUGAAUUAACAGAUUUUGUUUCUACGGCAAAGGGUGUUUUUCAAAGUGUUAUAGAGAAGCAUUUUCCUGCUCCAAAUAGGAAAAAAAUGCUACGUUUAUUAGGUUUAGAAAAUGUCUUAACUGAGCAUAGCCCAUCUGCCUCACCAAUACCUUCCUCUUCUAGUGGAGGAAAAGGAAAACCAGUGCGAAGAGCUCGACAAGGUGUUAAAAGAUACAGAGAGUGUAAACUUUCUGAUGAAAGCAGUUCUGAAGAAGAAAGAGAAAACAGUGCAAGUGAAAGUGAGUUUGAACCAUCUGCAUCUGAAUCAGUUGAAGAAGAAGAGGGCAGUGAUUUCAGUCCUAGUCCUUCUGAAUCUGAUGUUGAGAGUGAUUUCAAUCCAUUUGGAGAAGAUUCAGAUAGUGAUGAUCCAUGGUUAAAUCGAAAAUCAAAAGGUAGUAGUAGUAGAGGAAAGAAAAGGAAGAAGAAAUCUGUUUCUCAUAAGAGACCAGCAAAAGAAGAAACUCCAAAGUUGCCUACAUCUGCUGAUGCAGUUGAAAGAGCCUCAGCUAUGAAAGAUGAACUUCUUCAAAAAUUAGAACGUUUAGGAGAAACUUUACCUCCAAAUACAUUAGAUCAACUCAUUGAUGAGCUUGGUGGUCCAGAAAAUGUUGCUGAGAUGACUGGUCGUAAAGGAAGAGUAGUUAGUACAGAUGAUGGUAAUAUUCAGUAUGAAUCCAGAUCAGAAACUGAUGUUCCACUUGAAGUACUCAAUCUUACAGAAAAGCAAAGAUUUAUGGAUGGUGAAAAGCAUAUUGCUAUAAUUUCGGAGGCAGCAAGUUCGGGAAUUUCACUUCAAUCUGAUAGGAGAGCAAAAAAUCAAGCAAGGAGGGUUCAUAUCACUUUAGAAUUACCUUGGAGUGCAGAUAGAGCUGUUCAGCAAUUUGGACGAACUCAUCGAUCUAAUCAAGUAAAUGCACCAGAAUAUAUAUUCCUUAUUUCUGAUCUUGCGGGUGAAAGGAGGUUUGCAUCAAUUGUUGCCAAAAGACUUGAAAGUUUGGGUGCAUUAACUCAUGGUGAUAGAAGAGCAACAGAAAGUAGAGAUUUAAGUCGAUUUAAUAUUGAUAAUAAGUAUGGAAGAACUGCUCUUGAAACUGUUCUGAGAUCUGUAAUGGAUUCUGAAGUCCCAUUAGUUCCACCUCCAACAGAUUAUGAAGGAGAUUUCUUUGCAGAUAUCCGUAAUUGUUUAGUUGGAGUAGGAUUGAUAACUGAAGAUGAAAGAACGGGCUUUCAAGGAUUAGAUAAAGAAUCUAAUAAAGUAGAUUCAGAAAAUGAAAUUGAUAUUUCUACUCGUAAUAACAAGAAGACGGCAGUUUUAGCAGUUGAAGAUUCUGCCAGACGAGUCAAAGACAAACGUGAGAGAGACAAGUUAUAUAGAAUAUACAGGCCUAACACUGGUUUACAAGCAAAACAAGAAACACUCGCAGACUUAAAAUCAAAGUAUCGAAAAGCAACUCCAGACACAGCUCAAAAAUACUGGAAUGACCAAUAUGAUGCUUCAUCAACAGUUUGUAGUCAUGUAUUUUGGUACAAUCAGUGUCGGAGACUGUCGAUGGGACUAACCUGUGAAGUCGGACUACGACAAAGAACGUACUACGUUCUCAGCGGCUCCGUCUUGUCGGUCUGGACCAAAGUCGAAAGCGUGUUAGCAUCGGUUCCGAGCGCGCACAAUGCCAAAUUGCAGGUGGUACGACUGCGAACCCAGGACGGUUUGAGAAUAGUAGGAAGUUUGAUUCCCGGGAACUGCGUUCCGCCUCUGAUCAACGUGCUGUCCCAAGACGCGACAAAAACGUACUCGGAAGACUUCUGAUGCGGAGGGAAGGCGAAUCCGUGUAAAUACAGGGUCAAUCGUUCUUCUAGCUUUCUUAGUAACAAUCAAGAAUUGUUUUGAAAUUCGAUUGUGACAUCUAUUUAUUUACCAAAAUACUUGAACGCCGCACUCCGGAGCGGGCGGGCGAAAACGUCGUUUUCGAUUCUAUUCAUUCAUUAUUCAUUGGCAUUUGUCGACUACUUUCACGUUUUCGAAUGUACAUAAUUAAGAAAUAAUGGCUGAAUAUCGAGAUGUUUCUAGACUACCUGCCACUUGCGAUAUACCAUUGUCUUUCGUUGUCGAUUAUUCAUAGUUCCAAAUUUCAAAUAAGAAAAAGUCAAGUCUGUGAUGUCCCUAUCACCAUUGUACCAUAGAAUUCGACUCUAUAGUUAAAGGACCAACGUUUCGGUGUCGUACCGUGCAUAUUUCUUUCGAUUCAUACGGAUAUUAUCAUCCUACUAAAUACCAUUGUUGUAAUUGUUUUAUAUUCUAAAUGUAAAAAGAUUCAUUAAUAAUAUCGAUUGGAUGUCAGAUCACUUAGCUUAAUUUUGUACAUAGUCAAUGUGUAUUUGUUACGUUACGUUGUCGUUCGAUAUGUAGAAACGUGUCAAAUUAUAUUGAAGAGAAAAAAGUAUUUUCUUUCAAAUUUCCCCUCCUCUUAUUUAAUCUCUUUUAUAAACAGCUUUAAGUCUCUGUGUAACCUCUUCUCUUGCGUCGUCCGUUAUUUUUGUAUAAAAUCUUUCUACCCGCAGAAAGAUCCACCUUUAAAAACUUUUAUUAAAGACAUUUAUUCGGUCCUUUAGUUUUACGUACCGCAUCUGUUUUUGAAAAAAAAAACCUCGGAAAAACUAAAUUUAUUAUAUUUAUUAAGCGUAAAAAUUCAGUAAAUAAAUAGUUGCAUUUUAAAACGGCUUCUCUCUUACAUUUGGACACAGACCCACAACCUUCUGUUCGAGUGCACAAAAGUAGCCAUUGUUUUAGGUCCUCGAAUUUAUACAAAAAAUGAGCCAGAUCAAAACUGUGUCGAGACGAUGCGGUUUUCCCUUACAAGAAAUUCUUUUUAAACCGUAGGAAUGCCUCAAUUUUCGUAAAACUAGUGAUUUUGUAUAAUCGAUGCCGUUCGAAAUUCCCUGGCCGCGACGCGAGCUCCUCUCGUCCUUCCGCCCUACAAAAUUACCAACGGCAUUCCGUGACAUUUUUUUGUUAUUUUGGACGACUUUAUCCCGUCUUGUGUGUGUCGUCAUGUGAUGACGACAAUUGUGAACUGUACUGGGUGCAAUCAAUAAAUACCUGGAUUUUAUUUAUUUA